CCCGUGAAGGCUUGAGCUCUGUGAGCGUUACGAAAGUGCUUCGUACGGUAGGAGAAAGAAAGUGAAGUGGUUAAAAAAAGAGUAAAAAUGGUGUUGGAACUUUAUUUGGACCUUAUUUCUCAGCCAUGCCGCUCGGUUUACAUCUUCGCCAAGAAGAACAACAUCCAGUUUGAGUACAAGAAGCUGUCUCUCAUGGCAGGUGAGCACUAUGGUGAAGAGUUUGGCAAGAUCAACGUAAUGAGAAAAGUACCUGCCCUCCGAGAUGGAGAUUUUUGCCUGGGUGAAAGUGUUGCCAUUAUGCAGUACAUGGUGGAGAAAUAUGGCACCCCGGAUCACUGGUACCCAGCUGAUGUGCAGAAGAGAGCACGUGUGAACGAGUAUCUGUCCUGGCAGCAUUCAGCCAUUAGACCCCAUGGGUCCAAGAUGUUCUGGCUAAGGCUCAUGAUUCCAAAGGUUUUGGGCACGGAGAUUCCCAAAGACAAAAUGGAUGCUGCUGUAGAGGAUCUCGACAGCUCACUGAAGCUCAUCGAGGAAAAGUUUCUUCAAGACAGACCUUUCAUCGCUGGAGAAGAGAUCUCACUGGCUGAUCUGGUCGCGAUUGUGGAAGUCAUGCAGCCUGUAGGUGCUGGUUUAGAUGUCUUUGAUGGACGGCCCAAACUGAGCGCAUGGAGGGAUCGAGUUCGGGCCGCGAUCGGUGCUGAACUGUUUGAUGAAGCUCAUGAGGCAAUCCUCUCGGCCCAGGAAAUGGCACAAAACCUGGACGCCAGCAAACUGCAGCACUUCAAAGCCAGGAUCCUCAGAAUAUUCUUAUGAGAAAAGAAAAUGCAAUGCAAGCCUAUGAAUGCAAGAUUACUCAAGCUUGAUUGUGUAACCUGAAUGUAACUUUCAUGGAAAGUUAUAUAUCAUGGAAAACAUAAUUAACAAAAUAGACAACCACUGUCUCAUUUCAAUUUAUUACUUUACUUAACUUUUUUGCAUUUCAGAAGCCUAAAGUUAAUUGUUGAUGUUAGCAGUGUUGUUAGCAUAAAAUAAAAUCUGUUAAAAUAUUGACAGUUCAGAGCAAACAAUUCAGACUAUUUUAGACUAUGUAAUAAACCUGAACACUUCUUUUCCAACUUAAACCUUGUUGUGUUUUCAAAAACAGACACUUUACAUACUAUGCAUUUGAUUUCGCAAUAGUAUUACACUGCUAAUUAAAUCCUGUAUAUCUGCAGUU